AUGGCGGGGCCGGGGCUGGAGCGGUACCGGCUGGCGCUGCUGGCGGCGCGGGAGGACGUGGGGAACCCUCGGGCUGGGACCGACUGGGCCGUCUUUGGCUAUGAGAAGCAUCACGACCUCAAGCUCCUGGAUUCCGGAGCCGGGGGGCCGGAUGAGCUCGCUGGAAAAUUCUCUGUGGGCAGCGUCAUGUACGGGCUGUGCCGGGUCCCCGAUCCCGGUUCCGGCACCCCCAGGAUCGUCCUUAUCAGCUGGGUGGGGGAAAAUGUGCCGGAAUCGCAGCGGGCGGCGUGUGCCGGGCACCUGCCGGCCAUCCGGAGCUUCUUCAGGGAGGCCACGGCCGUGAUCAGCGCCCGCCGCUCCGAGGAGGUGACGCUGGAGGGGCUGCGCCGAGUGCUGGCACAGCUGGAGCCCCCCGCCCCUCGCCCACCCAGGAGGACCCCCCAGGACACCCCGGAGCUGGUGGGAACCAACUACCGCAAGACCAACCCAGCACUGGAGCUGCAGCGCACCCAGCGCGAUUCCUUCUGGGAACAGGCUGAGCGCGAGGAGCAGCAGCGGAAGGAGCAGGAGCGGCAGCGGGAGCGGGAGCAGCGGCGGCGCUGGGAGAGGGAGCGCAUGGAGGAGGAGCGGCUGCAGGCGGCGGAGCGGGAGCGGCGGCUGCAGGAACGGGAGAGGCUCAUCGAGGAGCGGCGGCAGGAGCAGGCGCGGCUGGACGCGGAGGAGCGGAGGAAGGAGCAGGAGCGAUGGGAGCAGCAGCAGCGGGAGCAGGAGGCGGCCGAGCGGGAGCGCGGGGGUCGCACCGGGCUCAGCGGCACUGCGGCCGAAGCCGCAAUCCUCGUCUCCCAGCGCACCCAGAACCCCCGGGAAUUCUUUCGGCAGCGGGAACGCUCGGGCUCCACGUCCGCAUCCCCCCUGCCCGGCAGCACCCCCGGUGCUCGUCGGCCUUUCCUGCGGUACCAGCGCAGCCUGACGGAAUCCGCCUUCAUCUUCCGCCGGCCGGAGCCCCUCCAGACCCCCCCGCCCGGAGCCUCCGGGGGGGCACCGCCCCCCAGCCCCCGGCGGCCGCCGCCGCCUCUGCCCCCCGGCCCCGCGGGAAGGGACCCCGCCACCACCGGGACCCCCACCAGCCCCGGGGAUGAGCCCAGCGAGAGCCCCGUCCUGCAUAAAGCCACUCCAGGUACCCCAAAAUUCCCCCGCUUCGCGCUGCUGCUGGCCCGUGACGCCCCCCACCCGCCGCUUUUGGGGGGCCCCAGCCCCCCCACCGAGGACGAGGACCUCUCCCCCCAUGCUGUGUAG